GGGCGGCCAGCGCGCGCGGUGUGGAUGAAGUGGCUGCGCGCGCGCGCGGGCGCUGUGUGUGUGCGUGUGUUUGGAGGUGACGCCGGUGCACAGAGCUGAGGAGACGGACAUAUCACCGCCUAUCACAGCCUCCGUGUGUUGUGCCUCUGGUUUAAUCGCCGGUCGCGUGUGUCAGAGCAGGAGACGGAGCCUCCAUCAUCAUCAUCGUCUCCUCCGUUGCGGGUGGACGGACACCGAGCUCCGGCUUGAAGGAGUCGGAGCAGCUCCUGGGCCGGGGGUGGUGUGUGUGUGUGUGUGUGUGUGGCGGUGGGCGGGAGUCUAUACACCGAGAGGGAGAGAUGGAGCCCAAGCGACUGGGGACGGCGUCGGCAGCCGGCAGCCCCGAGCGGCUGAACGACGCCGAGCUGGCGCUGGCCGGCAUCAACAUGCUGCUCAACAACGGCUUCAGGGAGUCGGACCAGCUCUUCAAGAAAUACCGGAACAACAGUCCCCUGAUGAGCUUUGGAGCCAGUUUUGUUAGUUUCUUGAAUGCCAUGAUGACCUUUGAAGAUGAGAAAAUGCAGGUGGCUUGCGACGAUCUGAAAAGCACAGAAAAGCUGUGUGAAAGUAGUGAAGCAGGAGUCAUUGAAACAAUCAAGAGUAAAAUUAAAAAGAACGUUGAUAUGCAGAAGCCCAGUCCAAUGGAUGUUGAUCGACUCCAAAGGCAAAUCAUUAUUGCAGACUGUCAGGUCUAUCUUGCUGUGCUUUCCUUUGUAAAGCAGGAACUCUCAGCAUACAUUAAAGGUGGAUGGAUCCUAAGGAAGGCAUGGAAAAUUUAUAAUAAAUGUUACGCUGAAAUUAAUUCUCUGCAACUGAUGCACCAGAAAAAAAGAUCUCAGGAAUCGCUAACAUCGGAUCAGGCAAAUGAUAAUCACAUUUCUGCUGAGAGUGCAUCUGAAGCGGCGCUAAGUAGACUAAAAGGUGCCGUGAGUUUUGGCUACGGACUUUUCCAUCUUUGCAUAUCAAUGGUUCCUCCUAAUCUGCUGAAAAUCAUCAAUUUAUUGGGAUUUCCUGGAGACCGUUUGCAAGGACUUUCUUCUCUAAUGUACGCAAGUGAAAGUAAGGACAUGAAGGCUCCUUUAGCGACAUUAGCUUUGUUAUGGUACCAUACUGUGGUACGCCCAUUCUUUGCUUUGGAUGGCAUGGAUACACAGUCUGGGUUGAAGGAGGCAAAAGAAAUCCUUCGUAGGAAGGAAGCAAUUUAUCCAAACUCGUCCUUGUUUCUGUUUUUCAAGGGCAGAAUUCAACGGCUAGAGUGUAAAAUUAACAGUGCCUUGACAUCAUUCCAAACUGCAUUAGAAUUAGCAACAGAUCAAAGAGAAAUACAACACGUAUGCCUCUAUGAGAUAGGGUGGUGCAGCAUGAUAGAGAUGAAUUUCAAGGAUGCACACAAGUGUUUUGCGAGACUUAAAAAUGAGUCUAGGUGGUCUCAAUGUUAUUAUGCAUAUCUGACAGCAGCAUGCCAGGGAGCAACGGGUGAGACAGAGAAAGCACAAGAUGUAUUUAAAGAAGUUCAAAAACUUUUCAAAAGGAAAAAUAAUCAAAUUGAACAGUUUUCUUUCAAAAAGGCUGAACGGUUUCAGAAGGAGAAACCCACCAAAGAUUUAUGUGUGCUAGCCGCCAUAGAGGUGUUAUAUUUGUGGAAAGCUCUUCCAAACUGUUCCUCUUCCAAUCUACAACGAAUGAGUCAAGCUUGUCAAGAAAUGCAUGAGCCAUAUUCAGUUGGUUUAAAGCAUCUACUGCUGGGUGCAAUUCACAAAUGCUUAGGAAAUACAGAUGGUUCCAUUCAGUUCUUCCAGUUAGCUGUAAAGGAUGAGUUCAGUCGUCAAACCAAUGCAUACAUACAACCAUAUGCUUGUUAUGAGUUGGGAUGCCUCUUGUUAGAUAAUCCAGAGGCUUCAGGUCAAGGCAAAGCUUUGCUGCACCAAGCCAAGGAGGAUUUUGCUGGAUAUGAUUUUGAAAACCGGCUGCAUGUGCGUAUUCAUGCUGCACUCGCCUCGCUGUCUGAAGUUGUUCCACAGUGACGGUUGCCAAGCAGGAAUCCUGUGCAGUGCACAUAUGAUCGGACUCAUCCGUUUCUGCACUUUAUGCUGUGCAUACACAGCAAGGAAAGUAGAAUGGUUUGCCUCACUCAUGAAGGUUAUAUCGUUUUUAGUGAACCUAAGCAUGUAAAAUGUUUUUGGAUGUGUAAGGGCAGUAUUACUGAUAAUUGUGACAUGCAAUGCAGCUGCCAGCUUAUUUAUAAAUACCUGUAAUAGGAGAAGGCUUAGGGACUCCAGGGAAUUAUCAAGUGGCCUUGCUUUUGUCUUUCUCACACUGAUCAGAAUGUAGUCCAGUUUAGAUUUAGCUAGUCUCAAUGCAAUUGGUUUAACGGAAAGCACAUAAGCCAAUUCACGUCAUUGGCACAGAAUCUAAUGAUAGUGAUUUGCUUGGGGGAGAGAAGGGAGAGGGAGGAGGGAGAGAUAUCCCUUUGCUGCACCAGCCAUAUUUUUGUUACACUAAUGUUAUUUAUUAUUUGCUUAGAUAUUAUUGAAAAUUCCUUUUUGUAUUGGGCCUCAGAGAGCACCAAUAGUAAAGGGGUAAUAAAUGCAUUCCUGCUCAGGUGUUUUUCUUUUCAAUUGACUGAGUGAAAGAUGUGGUACCUAUAGGCAGUCGUUACAAUAUGCCUCUGUAAUGCCGAUGCUCUUUAGAUUUUUUUUGUAGUCAACACCUGCUGUGUUAGUACACUGUCAAGCAUCAAAAUACCUCCGUUGUAGGUGAGAUGUAGCAAACACAACUUCAAAAACAUUAAAAAAGGUGUAUCUGGAAAACAGGGUAAUGGAUUAAUGAGACUGUUCUAUAGCAUCUCUACAGAACAAGGAAGUCUUUAAUUAUCCACCUGAUCUUUUGUUUUAUAUAUUAAGACAUUGCUUUUUUGUAUGUACUGUUGGAUUUUUUUAAUUUGUUACUAGAAUCUUAUAGGGAAAACUAGAUUUUAUUCUGUAUUAGAUUAUGCCAUUGCUAAGUUCUUUAUGCACGAUUAAUCUGAGAGGUGUGAACAGUAGAAUAACAGGGCACACACCUCACUUAGCCACAUCACUUGAAGAUAACGUGGUCAAUUUACAAUUAUUUUUAUAAAUCUGUAUUAAAAACUCGAGGGGCAUGAUCUAAUAGCAAUAAAAGUGAAAAAAUUGACAUUGUUUCUCAAUAGUUCAUGUGUGCUGAUCACAGCUUGAAACUCCCAACUAUACAUUAUUUAGAAACAAAAUGCAUUAGUUUUAUUUUGCUGCAUUUUUCAGUCAGUUGUUCACUCGACAAAAGUGAAUUAUUUCUCAUUUUGAUUAAUUUUCAGUCUGUAAUAGUGUUUCCAAACUGACGAUGCUUUUAAAUACCUAGAGUUUGUCCCAUAUUUGUAAUAUGUUUAUGUGAUUCUAUAUUGUGCUUUUUUCUAAAAAAAACCUUAGAAUAGAGCAAAAUAAUUGAGUUUUUUGCCAUAUGGUAAUGUGGGUUAAGGUUAUGUGAUGUGAAUAUUUCCAACUUGCUUACACUGGAGAAUGUGUGUUAACAUUUUCAUGAUGUACCCUUACUGCUCAGGGGAUGGGAGAGAAAUGAAAAGUAUUCAUAUAAAAACUUCGUAACAAACUGAACUUAAUAAAUUACCUAGUCCUUGCCUAAGGAUCUCCCAGAUUCUGUCUUCUUAUUGUAUAAAUGUAGGUGGGAACAGUGGGGUUACAUUGAAUUAACAAGUGUAGCCAUUUCAGGAAGAACUAUAAUUUAUAAAAUUGCCAUCAACAAGUAGUAACUUUCCAUCACAAACUAUUUUGCUACUCUUUGCAAGGCUGGGGAGUUCAGAAAGAUGUUCAUUGUGUACAUGAAUGGAAAUGUUGAUUAACCCUGUUGUGAUGAAAAGUUGCCAUUGUAGUUUUGACUGUCGUGUAUGUUUGACCACUAUUAAUUACUCUGUUGCUUAUUAAAAAUUACAUGAA